AUGAUUGAUGAAAAAAAUCAAGAUGUUGUAUUAGGCUAUGCUCAACAAGAUGCUCAAGAAUUUUUCCAAGCUAUCUUAGCAAAACUAGAAAAAAAUGUGAAACAAAUUGAACAUAUCCCUUUAAAGGAAAAAAAUAAAUCCAAUCAAAAUAAUAUUCUAAAAUCAAUACCCUUUGAAAAAUUACCUUCAGAUGCAUUAUUGGGACAUGAUCAUUUAGAUAAAGUAGGCACUGUAUUUAUACCAACUGACCAAAUUAAUCCAAAUUUAAUUAAAAAUAAUGAAUCUAUUAAUUCAUCUAAUACUAAUCAAUUAUUUACACCAUUUAAAUUAAUCACACCAUUGGAUGGAAUUAUAGCAGAAAGAAUAGGUUGUCUAAAUUGUGGUGAAAAUGGUGGCAUUAGAUAUUCUGUUUCUUCAAGUUUAAGUUUAAAUUUGCCAAAUUAUACGAAUGAUUCAAUUAGUUUAUAUGAACUUUUAUCAAAUUAUACUCAACCGGAAAUAAUAGAGCAAGUAAAUUGUAAUAGGUGCACAUUAGCAUCUAUGUAUGAUUCUAUCAAUAGUAAAUUGAAGGAAUUGACCUCUGAAGAUGUAAAUAUCAAUCAAAUUGACAAUAAUACUCAAGAAGAUGAAAAUUCUACAAUAGAAAAAACAAGUAUGGCAAUCAAUGAUUCAAACAACAAAUUGAAAUCCGUUUUAACCGAAAGGUUAAAUACAAUCUCUAAUGUCUUAUCGAAACCAGUAAUUGAUGAUGACUCUUUUAAAACUCUAUCAACUAGUAAUAUGACUUGUCAAACUUCUAAGUCAAAACAGUUAUUAAUUUCUAGGCCGCCACCAUUAUUAUCAAUCCAUAUCAAUAGAUCUGUAUUCGAUCCCACAACAUAUCAAAUUAGAAAAAACAACUCCAGAGUUUUAUUUGAAUCACGAUUGAAUUUAAAUGGCUUCUGUUGUAAUAUUGAUGAAAUUAAUUUAGAUGCUCGUUUACCGAUGAAUAAAAGAGAUGUAACACCAGAUGAAAAAAUUAAUGAAUCAAGUGAAUUAUUACCAACGCCAUCAAAUUCUCAAACUCCGUCAGCUGAUUUCUUAGAUUCUAAAAACGAAAAAUAUCUAAUUCAGAUUCAAAUGAACUAUCUGAUGAUGAUGAUGAUGAUGAAGUAA